AUGCGACGCUAUGGCCUAAUAAUAUGUACCCUCGUAUUUAUGGCAUGUUUGACGUCUACAGCAUUUCAGAUCGACCCACCUCUCCCUUCUACUGUCGUCACAGGCCAGGGUGUUCCAUUCACUUGGAUUCGCGAUCCGAAAGAUCCAUCUGAGUUUAGUUUUCGGAAAAUACAGCUCGAUGACAAUGGUCCGUCCGAUCCACUCCAAGUGGACAAGGAUGACGCACAUCAAGAAAGCGGCUUGUUUACCUUGACAUUCACCAAUUUGUCGCCAUUUCAGGUUGUAGCAGUCGACAAUCACACGAAGACGACUUUCUUUACAGCUCCCGGAACGAUCGUCGCCGCACAAUCCACUAGCAGUGUAACACCCAGCACUCCCGGUGCCAACCCAAGUUCCGGCAACUCCUCCACCAUUGGGCCAGAUCCAAGCUCUACCACUUCAUCUGCAUCGUCCACUCUCACCAGUACCGACUCAAGCUCUGGCAGCUCCACAGCCACCCCAGACACAAGCUCUACCGGUCCAUCGACUACAUCUACCAACAAUGCGAACUCGAACACCAGCAUUGGAAAUCCGACACCGGCUUCUGCACCAGAGACGGAUGGGCCUCCUACAAGUACCGCUCCUUCCCAAACUGUGGGUGGCACAUCCGCAUCUUCUAGAAAUACAAAACCCAUAAUCAUCGGCUCUGUCAUCGGUGGUAUCGUCUUCAUCCUUUUACUCCUCCUCUUUCUCCUCUUGUUGAUUCGCCGUCGCCGAAACAAACUAUCACGGAAUGACUCCGUGGGUUCGGACGUAUUUUAUCGAGACAAAAUGGUUCAAGCAAUCGGUCGACGUCUAAGCUUGACCAUUCACCGGAAAGAGUACCCCGUGGAGGAAGGGAUCACCGCUUCGCCCACUACACCCUUAAGGGAAGAUUUCGAUGAUCGCGAUGUGGGUUCGGCGGAUGGUCAUGAUGAAGUCAGUGCUUUAGGAAGUAAAAUCGUCGAAUCACCCGCUACGAUAGAAACGAGGAGCGCGUCCGGAGCUCGAACGGAUAGGCAGAUGCAGAUCGAGCAGAAGAUCAUCGAGUUGCAAUCCCGGUUGAUCACGGCUUCCCCUAGUGAAAAGAAGGAGUUAAGGGAGAGAGUUGAGCGGUUAACGCAGCUCAGGGAUUCAGAUUGGGCAUCCAGGCGGGAUGGGGAUGGUUCGGACGAGGUUCCAGAGGUGAUGAAGGGAUAG